CACAGGAGCUGAGUAAGUCUCAUUAUUCAUUCAUAGCAUUAACCUUGGCAAAGCUUAAGCAAGGCUUGAUGUGAAAUGUGUUUCAGAAGAUGGCUAUACAAAAUGUACUAAACCAUGAGACAUCAUCUCUCUACAGAAUUAUCUGCAGAUUUUACCCACAAUGGAACUGAAGAACACAACGCCUGUAUCACUGUUCACUCUUUCUGGAUUACAGGAUGAAACAAAGGAAAGCAGAUACGCCAUUUUCUCUGCAUUGUUAUUCUGUUAUUUUUUUAUUGUGUUUAUCAACAUGACACUAAUUGUCACCAUCCUCCAAGAAGAAUCGCUCCACGAGCCCAUGUACAUUUUCCUGUGCAAUCUGUGUAUUAACACACUGUACGGAACAGCAGGCUUCUACCCAAAAUUCUCAUAUGACCUACUCUCUGAACACCACGUGAUCUCAUACACCGGAUGCAUCUUACAAGCAUUUAUCAUUUACCUCUCUGUUAUCGUAGAUUUUUCUAUUUUGACAGUUAUGGCUUUUGACCGAUAUGUUGCCAUAUGCAGACCACUGGAGUAUCACUCCAUCAUGACUAGCAAAAAUGUUGCCAAAUUAGUCAUGUGGUGUUGGGUUCCCCCUAUUCUCAGUGAAUGCAUUGUGGUUUCUUUGACUGCCAGAUUAGCCCUAUGUGGGUCACAUAUUGAUAAACUCUACUGUGAGAACUGGUCCAUUGUUAAGCUCUCCUGUUCUUCAAUAACAGCUAAUAAUGUUGUUAGCUACAUUAUAUCAUUGGCAUAUUUGUGUCAUGUGUUUUUUAUCAUCCAUUCUUACGUCAAACUGAUCAGAACGUGUUUGAGGUCCAGUGACGGCAGGCAGAAAUUCCUACACACGUGCUUGCCCCAUUUGUUUUCACUGACUAAUGUAACUGCUGCUUUACUCUUUGACAUGCUAUAUAUUCGCUUUCGAACAACACGUUUCCAACAGGGUCUACGAAAUUUUUUGUCAUUGGUAUUUUUGAUUUUCCCUCCAAUUGUCAAUCCUCUGAUUUAUGGUAUACAACUGACCAAAGUUCGAGAGGCAGUAUUCAAAAGAUAUAAGAAACAUAGUGCAGUUCAGUACUGACCAAAAAUUUUCAGUGUGUCUGAAUGAUUGUCUGUUUUUAAUAUGUCCGUUUCUGUGAAUUCAUAUAUAUUUUUGAACCUUUUUUAAUGCAUAGUCUAGUUACCAUGUUCCAGCAUGAUGAAUAAUGUUUACAUAUCUUGCCCAUGCUGGACAGUGUUCUGCAUGCAAGCGAGUGAAAAUUUUCUGUACACAAGUGACUGAAAAUAUGUUCUCUAGACAAAGAAAAUGAAAGCAUGUUCUGCAAAUAAGUUGAUUUAAAUGUAACUGCAAUUUGAAACUAUAAACUGCCAGUAAUAAUUACUGGUGUGUCCAGCUGUAUGCCCUCAUUAGACAACGCAAUGCAUGUUUUACUCAGAUCAACUCAGAUUUUAUUUAUAUAGCACACUUUGUACACAAUUCAAUUCAAUUGUGCUCCACAUUAAAAUUAAUAUCACAGAAAUUUUGCAUAACUC